AUGGGGUACGUGCUGUCGGCGGUGGCGAGGGUCCUGGAGCAGCCGACGGCGUGGGGCGCGGCCUGCGAGAUGGCCGUGCUCGCCGGCCCGCUCUGGGCCGCGGCGCUCCUUGGCCUCCUGCUCGGCUGGGCGUGGCGCCCGCGCUGGGCCGCCGGGCUCGUCGCCACCGCCGACAGCCACCCCGCGCCGCCGUCCUUCGCCACGCUGGAGUUCUGGAGGGCACAGCUCCCCGCCCGCCUCCGCGUCCCGCUCGGCCAGUACAUCGGCGGCGCCGCCGGCGCGGGGCAGCUGCGGCAGGACGACGGCCCCGCCCUGCUUGGGUCGUCGGAGAUGGCGAACGAGGAGCUGGCGGUGGGGAAGGAUGACCUAGUGAACCUCUGGAGGCUGGUGGAGGGCAGGGACGGCGGCCCGGCAUGGAUCAAAAUGAUGGAGAAGGCGCUGCCCAACAUGACCUACCAGGCAUGGAGGAGGGAUCCCCAGACUGGACCUCCACAAUACCAGAGCAGCACUAUAUUUGAGAAUGCAAAUCCGGAGGAGGUGAGGGAUUUCUUCGGCGACGAUCAAUUCCGGAUGUCCAACAAGUGGGAUGAUAUGCUUAUCUACCAUAAAACUUUGGAAGAGUGUCAGACAACAGGCACGAUGAAAGUGCAUUGGGUCCGCAAGUUCCCAUUCUUCUGUAGUGACAGGGAGUACAUCAUUGCUCGUCGGAUAUGGAAACUGGGAGGCGCAUACUAUUGUGUUACAAAGGGCGUGCCAUGUGCAUCCAUCCCACGUCGUAACAAACCUCGUAGAGUUGAUGUAUACUAUUCAAGUUGGUGCAUCCGCGCUGUGGAAUCAAGAAGAGGUAAUGGUGGAUUUACAGCCUGUGAGGUUCUCCUGUUCCACCAUGAGGACAUGGGUAUUCCAUAUGAGAUUGCAAAGAUUGGCAUUCGGCAGGGAAUGUGGGGGUGUGUAAAGAGAAUCGAACCUGGACUUCGGGCCUAUCAGAAAGCCAAGGCUGCUGGUGAACCAUUGUCUAAGAGUGCCUUGAUGGCACACAUUAAUACCAAGGUCGGCGAUAAUUUUGUCCGUGGAUUGGAAUCCAACGAUGAUCAACCGGAUAUUGUGGAAGCAGAAGAGAAACCCGCGAAAAACCACGUCGCAAGGUUCCUUGUGCUCGGUGGAGCUGUUGCUCUGGCUUGCACUCUUGAUCAAGGACUGCUGACCAAGGCUCUCAUAUUCGGAGUUGCACGGAAAUUUGUAGGGCAGAGGAAGACAUUGUAGCACCUGAUCUCUGUCACAAACCCUCUGAGCCAGCCAAUCUGCCUAUCUGAUGAAGUGAACCCUGGCACACUCACUGUCCUGGCAUGGAGGAACUGAACUGAGGAAGAGGUGAUCCAAUGGCUGGUGCUGGCCUUUGGCAUCCCACAUGCCAUUGAGAGCAGAUGGAGGACUUCGAUGUAUAUACAACGCCGGCUGUUGGAUAAGAGAAAGAGAGGCAAUGGAGUAAAAAGUUCUGUACUUUUACAUUUGGAAAAAGAAUUCCAACUAUAUAUAUAUUACGCUGAGCCUUUGUUUCAUGUAAUCUACUACUAUGUGGACUAAUUCAUUCACAGGACUCGCAAAAUCAUAUAAACAUUUUGUUUUGCUCGUCA